AUGAGGUGAUGUGUUAAUAACUGGUAAAUAGUAUUCCAGUUUUGAUCGUCCCAGUCUGAACCGGUCCAGUUGGACAGCAUGGCGUCAGAGGAGGACGACGCUCUGCUGUAUCUCAUCUACCAGCACCUAAAGGAGAGUGGCUACAAGAAAGCUGCCAAAGCGUUGGAAAAACACGUUCCCCAGGUGGAGACAACAGAAGAAAGCUCAAACCUUCAUGAUAUCUACAGAAGCUGGAUGAAGUUGUGCUCUCUGGCUCAGCAUGCCAAGCAGGAGGAAGAUGACUCCAUGACUUUGAAGAACAACAAAAUCAAACCAGAACCGGCCACCAGUGAAGAAGAAGAGGGAGCAGAACCCAAAGUCUCAGACAUGCCUGAGCAGAACCAUGUGGAUUCUAAACCUCCAUCAGAGUCAGUGAUGGAGGCUGAGACUGCCUCAGAGUCGAUGCAGCAACCGGAGGAUGAAACCAAAACAAACUGUGACAGUCAUGAAGACCAAGAACAGGAGGAGGAAACACAGACAGCGCAAGAGCUGGCUCCUGUUGAAGAGUCUGCUGAGGUGUCUAACAAGGCAGAAAACUCCAACCCAGAGGAAGUGGAUGAACCCAGCUGGCAGGUCGACCCUAGACGUGCUGCCUCAGAUCACGCUGAGGAUCAGCUCACAGCUCCUGCAGCAGCCGGUUUAGACAGCGAGACCCGUGAGGAGGAGAAAGAGGAUGGCGAUGAGCCAAAACAGGAGGCAAAGGAAACUUCAAACGCCCCUGAUGAAAUGGGUGAGCAGACAGCUGUCAGUCAAACAGACACGACGACUUCCUCCUUUAAGGCAGAGGAAGAGGGCGGCAGCAUGGCAGAGAAACCCAGCCAGAGCGAGCCCACCACUUCAGAUCCAACAGCUCAGGAGACCAAUGAGGAGCCAGCAGAGUGCGAAGCCCCGCCUCCUGCAGACUCUGAAAAGCCAAAGGAGGAAGAUGCAGCAGAAGGCUCAAAGGCAUCUGAAGACGGCGAGAUAAAGGAGGAAGUUACCACCACUGACACCGAAAAAGCUGCUGCAGAGGAGCGAGCAGACCCAGACGUCUCCAUUGUCCUCAACAUUGAAGUUGAAGCAGCUGAAAGGGAAACUGGCCAACCAGUCCCUGAGGAGGCUGAAACUCCCAGUAAGAAGAAGAAGAAAAAGAAGAACAAAAAGGCUGCAGAGACGCCCGCUGAAGAAACUAGCAUAGAAACAGCAGCUGUAGAUACUCUCAGUGAUACUCCUCUCACCACCAAGACUGCUAAGAAGAAAAAAAAGGACACAAAGAAGCCAGAGGAGAUGACUGAAGAAGAGGAGGCUCAGAAGAAAGAGGAGGAAGAAGAAAAGCAGCAGGAGGAGGUUGUUUCUCAGGCCACUUCACCAGAAAAGAAGAAAAAGGCGAAGAAAAGGAAACGGGAGAAAGAUGAGCAAAGUCCUGUCAUUCCUUUAGAAAAUGAAAUCAAAAGAAGCAAAGACAGUGAGGUGGAGGAGGAGCAGAACAAAGAAGUAGCAGAAGAGGAGACGAAGGUGGAAAAUGCCGAGAGUCCUGUAGAAAUAACAGAAAAGAAGAAGAAGAAAAAAAAGAGGAGAAAGGUGGCUGAAAGUGAGAAAGAGGAGGUGCAGUCUGAUGAGAAACCAGCAGGGGGCGAUGACGUUACAGGAAAGAAGACAGAGGCUACAGAAGAAAAAUCCUCUGAGCCCCUCUCAGCCAAAAAGAAACACCGUAUCAGGAAGAAGCUCAGCCUGAAGAAGAGAUGGAUGCUCAAGAAGAAAGAGGAGAAGUUAAGAAAAAAGAAGAUGAGAGGCGUUUCUUCAGGACAGACUGAGGGCACGGCAGAGAUUAAGAAGCUGAAAGGAAAGAAAAAACAAAAAAAGCUCCAGGAGGCAACAGAAGACACACCUCAACCAAAACCAUCCAAAAGACCUCCACCUGCUCCGGCCCAGGAUGAUGAGACACCAAAGAAGAAGAAAAAGAUGAGGUUGAACUCAGAACAAGAAGAAAAUUCCUCAAAAGAAAACAACCCACCAAAGAAAGAGAAGAAGAAAAAUAAAAAGGGAUUGGAGAAGGAGGGCGUGAGUGCUGCAGCUGAGCUCCCUGAAGUUCCAACUCCACGUUUAAAAGAAGGGAAGAAGAAGAAAAAUAAGCUGAUGAUGGCUGGGAAGGAAGGGAUAACAGAAACUGUUGUUGCUGUGAGCCAUGAUAUCACUGCAAAGAAAAAAAGGAAAAACAGAUUAAAGGAGAAACUGAUGAAGUCAGAAGAAGCUGGAGACACACAAACUCGUCCGAAGAAGAAAUCCUCCAAAAAGGUGAUAACUUCUGGUUGAAUCUGGUAUUUACUCCCAUCAGACGUCAGAGGAAAGUUUCUACCUGGACCUGAAAACCCCCAAACACGAGUGGAUGGCCUGCUCAACGAUUAGUGCCUUUACUCCUGCACAUUUUCUGUUUUGUUGUCAGUGUUUUCAGUCAUUUUCACUGUUUUUCUGCUCUGAUAUUAUGACAGCGAUACUCCUAACACACUCCUGCAGUUUGAACAAGAUAACAGCUUCAGAUUUCUGUCAUCCAGUGGGUUAUUUGUUUUAGAGGCAGAGAGGAAAAAAGUAAAGACAAAGCCUGAUUUGAAGAAUCAAAUCAGCAAACUGCUGCAUUACAGUGAUCGCACACGUAGUUCUGUUGACAAGGUACGGAUUUCUUGUUGGAUUUCUACCAGUUUUUCAGUUUGAGUUCAGCUUUUGGUUCUCGCACAGCACUUUCAAUUUAACUGGGCCCUUUACUCGCUGGUCACUUAAUUAGGUAUACCUGUUGAACUGCUUAUAAACACGAAAAUCUUAAUAGUCAGUCACAUUGCAGCAACCAGUGCAUUUAGACGUGCAGACAUCAGAAUGGGGUAGAUGCCUUAAUGCAUUGGUUGCUAACAUGUGAUUUGCUAUCUAUACAUUAUUGUUAAGCAGUUGAAAAAAAGUGAUCAGAGUGUAACAUACACAAUGAACUUCAUUGGUCAAAAAUGCUCAGCAUGUUUCAACAAAAUGGCACUACAAAAUGUUAAACACUGCUUUUGUGACAAAGUUUAAGUUUUAAGUCCCUUUACCUGAAUGUAUUCAGCAGAACUAGCACCACUGGCUCGCUGUUAUAAACCUCUGCAGGGUGUAGAGAGCUGCAGUGUUGGUGUGUUUUUGUAGCCUUGUCUGGAGUUAACACCAUGCUGGUUCCGUCGACCAGAAACCAAUAGGUUUUUUUCAGUGUCCAUGAUUUUCAGUUAUGGUUGACUAAAACUAUAGAAAUGACUAAACUGUGAAGACUAAGCUAGACAAAGACUAGCUUAAAUAGAUGUUCAUAGUCAAAUUGACGAAUGAUAAAUUUAGUUCUCAACAAGGAGACUAAAACUAGACUAAAAUGUAAUAUGGUUUUCAUCUUAAAUUCAAAUUCAAAAUCAUUAUGUGAGAGCACAAGCUGUUAGGUAGAGUAAUCUGUUGCUCUUCUGCCUUUCAGCUGUAGAAAGCGGGGAUACCAGGUUUUGCAGGGAGAGACACAAGGAUUUGCGCUAGAUUCAGGCAAGGAAAUUAAAUGUUUUGGCUAAAGUGCAAGUCUAUUGACUGAAACAGUACUAUGAUGAUGAUUUUCAGUUCGCCUAAAACUAGACUAGAUCUAUAAAGAAACUGUGCAAAAAUUAAGACACUUCAAACUAAAGAUUAAGAAGAGCUUAAAAAAGAUCUUUGAGAAAAACUGAUACGAAAGUCUAGUUUUGAUCAGGGAGACUAAAAUAAGACUAAAAUGUAAUUAAGUUUUCAUCUGACAUUCAUAAUGAUAUGAGAAAGCACAGGCUGUUAGGGAGGGUGAAUCUGUAGCUGUUCUGCCUUUCAGCUGUAGAAAGCAGGGAUACCAGGGUUGACAGAAUAGGAUUUGCACCAGAUUUGGGGACUAAAACUAUAAAAGGGAAAAAAUGACUAAAUGUGACUAAAACUUUAGGACAUUUCAAACUAAAGACUAAAUUUUCAAAAGCUGUCAAAUGAACACAGAUUUGAUCUCCAAAAUCGAAUCCUUUCACCCUUGACUCCAAGUGUAGAUUUGUACUAAAUUUGACAAAAAUCUCUCAAAGCAUUCUUCAGAUUUCGUUCUCACAAAUCAUGAUGACCUUUGCCCCAUGACCUCUAAAAUCUGAUCAUUUCAUCCUUGAGUCUGUGGACAUUUUAUUUUAAUUUGGAGGAAAAUUCUCUCAAAACCGUCAUGAGAUAUCCAUGCACAAGAAUGGCCCAACAGUUGCAUGGAAAACAUAACAGCUCUCUGUUGGUUAGCACGGAGGUAUAAAUCUCCAGAAGCUGUAAAACGAAAACAUUUGAAAGUAAUGUUAGACCAAUGUUACUCAACCCUGCUAAACAGAAGAGCCAAAUUGAUGAAAAAUACCUUUGCAAGCCUGUUCUAUAAAAAUCAGUGAUCUUUAUCAUGUAUGUUCUUUCUUGAGCACAUCCAAUGGAAAUAUGCGGACAAAAAACUAAAGGUUGACAAUUAAAUUUGAUAUUUCUAGUAUAUGUGAGGGAAAACAACUGAUUAGCAGUGUAUCAUUUAUGGGGUCAAAAUUUACCUUUUUAAGGUUAUCUGGGGGAAGAUUUAAAAGAGCCACACACUGAGUAUCAUUAACCAAGACUACUUUAAAAGAAUUGUCAUUACAGUUGACUCAGCUUUCAGCUCUUACACAUAUCUGAAUCAUAUCUGACAUUUAAAGCUGUAAAGAUAAAGAAGCUUUCAAAUAAAAAAUCAGCACUUUAUCUGCAGCCUCAUCCUUAAUGCUGCUCUGCCUUGUCAAAAUAUCGAAUUCAAGCCUACAGAACACAUGAACUUUCACGUUAGACCUGUUUAUCUUGAGGGAACUGAACUCAAACAUUGAUCUUGUGUGUGUUUAUUACGUGCCUUUUUGCAUCAAGUUCAGUAACACUACUGAUUCACUGCAUCAGUGGUUACAACACAUAACCUUCAUGCUCCUGGUACAAAGAAAAGUGAAAGUCUUUUUUUCAGUAUCAAACUCCAGUAAUAGAUCAUCUUUAAGGGAACAAGCUGUGAAACAUUUCAGACUGGUCAUGCUGGAGCGAUAAAAUGUUAUGCAGUCUUCUGUCAGUUCGCGUUAUUCUCAUUGAACAUUUUUCUGGUGUUUGAGGUUAAAAAGUGAGUUUUAUUUCUGUGUAGAAACUCUUACUGCUGUUUUUCACCUUUCUGUCACUCAUGAAGCUGUGAAACUGUUUUUAUUUGGUUUUGUUUACAGAGCUCUGUUGUUUACACUGUUUUUCUUGAGAAUCCCAUGAGCUGUUAACUAUGCAUCUGAUUAAAUUCAACACUUUGAUUUUCUCUUUCUGUUCCCGAGGACCAACGUAUGUGAGAGGGAAUAA